AUGGGUGGUUGUGGAUCGAGAGAAAAGGAGUUGAGAGAGAAGGUUGGAUUUUCUUAAAGUGAUUAUGAUUAUGCACUAAAAAAAUUUAGUAAGAUGACAAAACAAAAACCAGGGUAUUUAUAAUUUUUAUAACAGGAAAACAGACGAACAUUUUAGUUUUGAAGGGUUCAAACAAUAUUUCACAGAGAAUCCAGUGUUAGCAUAAAAGCUGUAUAUUUUCAUGAGAAACUAUGGGGGUUAAAGUUAUGUAGAUAGCCUUACUUUUCUCACAGUUGGUAUUUAACAAAUAGGACUUUUAGUUGAUUUAUUUACAAGGGUUUCAAUGAAGUUAUAGAGCUAACUCAAGAACUUAGAUAUAUCUGCACUAUUCACCUUGGUAUCUUUGUCAUGUCCUGAUAUUAUGCAAAGAGAUACAUUCAAUUUAAAUAAUGUAUACAAAAUAAGUGUGAGUUAUUCAAAUGCAGUUAAACUAUUUAAAGUAUACAAAAUUAUUGAUUAUUAGGAACUCAUCAACAUGUAGAGUGAUAAAGGAGAUAUUUUGUGUCAUGAUGAUGAUCAAGCACCAAUUUUAAUAAUAAAUAACAUUUUUGAAAGUAAGUGAAUUUAAUAUCAAUUUGAUCAGAUCAUUCCUUAUUGAAUUAUAAAGCAUUUAAUGAUAAAAUUAAAUCAGAAACUCCUCUUAUUUCUAAGAUCGUUAAAAAUUACAUCGCAGGAAAAUUUAUUAACAAAGUUCUGAGGAAUUAAUUACCAAAAUUGAAUCCUAGUGAACUUAUGAAUAAAUAACUAAUAGGUAUUAAACAAUAAUUAAAUAAACCAAGCAUUACUUAAUUUAAGUGUACCUUGGUUUUAGAAAUGCAUUGCUCUUAAUUAGAUGUAUAAAUAUGAAGUGGAUUCUGGAUAACAAUAUAAUUUUAAUGUCUUGGGAAAUUGUUUACUUUAAGCUAAAGGACCAAAUAUGAUUUUGUUUAGACAUUCCCAAAAAGAUAAAGAUGGAGAAAAAUAAGAGAAAUAUGUGUUUGGUUAUUUUUCACCCUCCUAAUGGAGAGUUUCGCCUGAUAUUUCUGGAAAUAAGGGAUCUUUUAUAUUCUCUAUCCAUCCCAAAUUCAAAAUCUUCUCAACUAAUGGUCAAUAAUAAAGUAAAUUUGCUUUGCUUGUUCCAAUAAUUACAAAGAGACAAAGCCAAACUCUCCAUUCCCCCCUUAGAUAAGGUCCAAAAUAGCCUGGACUAGGUAUAGGAGGUAGUGGAUAUGAUCAUCACAGAAUUUGGAUAGAUGGUAAAUAACUCUAAGCAAGUAGACUUGUGGAAGAAGACAAAACAUUUUAAAGUGGUUCGAUAUUACCUGAAGACAUACAUUUGCUUAAUGUAAGUCUUUCAUUUAUUCAUGUUAGAUUGAUUUGAUAGAAAUUUGGGAUCUAUAAUUAAGUACUGUAGGAUAAGGCACUUCUUAUUUUAAAUCAGCAUCCCCAUAAAUUCAUUUUAGUGAAGAUGAGAAGAGGAUUAACUAGACUUAAUUGAGGGAUUUAAUUAUUAACUUGAAUCAAUAAUAAGGGAGAAAUGAUUAUGUAUUAAAUGCAUUAAUAGCUUUUAGAGAAGGGAUACAAAAGAAUUUUAGACUAGCAAUCCUUUACUUCCAAUAAAUGAAGAAGAAGAAGAAAAACAAUAAGCAAAGUGA